AUUAACAUGAACACAUUUUGUUUCUCCAUCUGAUUAACAAUUAAAUUUAAUUCUCUUUGGUUGACAAUUAAUUCGAUUAUCUUUUUUUUCUUUUCCAUUCAAAUAUAAUUUAAUCUCUAACCUGUGACCCUUUUCUUUGAAUUUCAUGAUGGAGCAAAUGUCACAGGAUUCAAGUUGCCUUGGAACAAAUCUUAAAAUUAACAACAUCAAUACCAGUCGACCUAAGCCUAAGAAAGUGAUGUUCAUCAGAGGAAACAAUUCUAAUUUAAUUACUACGCUAUUAAUGAAAGAUUUUAGUCGGCUUAAAAAGCCUUACUCUGUUUAUCUAAAAGAAAAACACGACAUCAAACCAUUUGAAGAUGUAACUGCUAUUGAAGAUUUGGCAAGAGAGCAAAAUUGUCCAUUAUUUAUGUUUUCAUCUCAUAACAAGAAACGUCCAAACAAUUUGAUAAUUGGUAGAUUAUCAGAAGAAGAUCAAACAAUGAAGGAUAUGGUUGAAUUUGGAAUUGAUAAUCUUUGUUCAAUGAAAGAAAUCAAAGGACCAAAGAUUCCUAAUAAUUCACGUUUAUGUUUAUCAUUUGAUGGAUCAUCUUUCCAAGAGUGUAAUAAUUAUCGACUAUUUAAAGAAUUGUUAUGUGAAUUCUUCCAAGGGCAUGUUCGUGAUAAUGAAAAGCUUUCUAAGGUUGAUUAUUGUGUCAAAUUGUCUAAAGAAAAGGAAUCAUCUAAAUUUGAGUGUUCCCGUGUCAUUCCAAGAUAUAAAAGUUCCAAGUUGUGUAAAAUUGAGUACGAAAAUCUUGGACCAAAUUUCGAUUUUUCUGUUCGACGUGUAAAAUUAUUCGCCUCAGAAGUUUUAAUGGAUAUACCUGAGGAAACACCGGAUGAUAUUCUGAUUAAACCUGAUGCCGACUCUGUAAAUAAUCCUGUUGACAUAUCAACAACUUUAAUCGACAAUACAAUUGAUGCCAAUACAAUUAGCAACAACAACAACAACAACAACAACAAUAAUGUUAAUAAUAGUGAUAAAAACCGUGAUAAUAUUGUCUGUAAAUCUAAUCGAGGAAUCAAGAGGAACCAAGAUGAUCUCAAUGAAAAAUUGAAGAGAAUGAAAUUUUUUGAUUAAUUGAAUAACCAUUGGAAAAUCAACAUAAUCAAUUUUUUUUAGUGAUCCAAAUCAAAUUGUGACCUUAUAAUAUGUAAAUAUAAUAUAUUUAAAUCCAUUAUAUUUGAUGGAUUAAUACUCUGAAUAUAAUUUUGUAUUUGGAAUACAAAAUAGCAAUAACAAUCUUGUUAAUUUAAAAUUCAAAUCCAGUCUUCCAAAAUGUGAUGACCUGAGUAACAAUAACAACAAUUAAACUGCAUUUUCUAAAUCAA